GGUUGUGUGAAACACUUUUGGGGCCUCAUAAACAACCACAGAACCACAAGUUGGGUACAGAGGCAGUCACACAAGAGCAGGUCCGGGAUAUUGGUCAGCAGGCAGGGCGAAUCAUUUUGACUGCAAACCACAAGAGUUUCGCAGAGUGGUAAAAGAAAUCAUAGAUCACCCCUUUUAAAAAGUUUUUAAAGAGAAAACCAUGGCUUCAAACAGUAUAUUUGAGUCAUUUCCUUCUUACCAGCAGUGCUUCAUGAGAGAUACCAGCACCAGCCGCCGCUUCACGCCGCCCUCCACCACUCUGAGUCCGGGCAAGAUGAGCGACACGCUCCCGCUGGUCGGCCAGGAGAACAGCAGCGGCGCCCUGGUGGGGAAGCUGAGAAGCGCAGACCGCAGUAUGGUGGAGGUCCUAGCCGAUCACCCCGGAGAGCUCGUCCGCACCGACAGUCCCAACUUCCUCUGCUCUGUCCUGCCCACCCACUGGAGGUGCAACAAGACUUUGCCCAUCGCCUUCAAGGUGGUAGCCUUAGGAGAUGUUCCUGAUGGGACUUUGGUCACAGUAAUGGCUGGAAACGAUGAAAACUAUUCUGCAGAACUCAGAAAUGCUACUGCUGCAAUGAAAAACCAAGUGGCUCGAUUCAAUGACUUGAGAUUUGUGGGUAGAAGUGGGAGAGGGAAGAGCUUCACUUUGACCAUCACAGUCUUCACAAAUCCACCACAAGUAGCUACAUACCACAGAGCCAUCAAGAUAACAGUGGAUGGACCGCGAGAGCCAAGAAGACACCGUCAGAAACUAGAUGAGCAGACAAAGCCUGGGAGUUUGUCCUUUUCAGAGCGUCUGAGUGAACUGGAGCAAUUGCGUCGUACAGCUAUAAGGGCCAGCCCACACCACGCAGCCCCCACACCUAAUGCAAGAGCUGCCUUGAACCACACCACUGCUUUUAACCCUCAGCCUCAAAGCCAGAUUCAGGAUACAAGGCAACUUCAGCCAUCUCCCCCUUGGCCUUAUGACCCAUCUUAUCAAUAUCUGGGACCACUUGCAACUCCAUCGGUGCAUCCAGCAACACCAAUUUCACCUGGAAGGGCUAGUGGAAUGACAUCCCUGUCUGCUGAACUUUCCAGCCGACUGACAAGUGCUUCUGACCUAACAGCAUUCAGUGAUCCACGAGUAGGAAUUGAUCGUCCUUUCCCUGCAAUUCCUUCAAUAUCUGAUCCUCGCAUGCACUAUCCAGGAGCAUUCACCUAUACUCCAACACCUGUCAGCUCAGGAAUAGGAAUUGGUAUGUCUGCCAUGACCACUGCUACCAGAUACCACACUUAUCUACCGCCUCCAUACCCAGGUUCUUCUCAGGCUCAAGGUGGCCCAUUUCAGACCAGCUCCCCCUCUUAUCAUCUCUAUUAUGGAACAUCAGCAGGAUCAUACCAGUUCUCCAUGAUGUCUGGCGGAGAUCGGUCCCCUCCACGUAUUCUUCCUCCUUGCACUAAUGCUUCUACAGGAUCUACUCUCCUCAACCCCAAUCUUCCAAAUCAAAAUGAUGUUGUAGACACAGAAGGUAGCCAUAGCAACUCCCCUACUAACAUGGGAACCACAGCAAGGCUAGAAGAAGCAGUAUGGCGACCAUAUUGAAAAAGUUAUUAGUAAAGAUGGUCGUGGACUAAAAUGUUUUAUCUGCUGAUAUCCAUGGUUUCUUUGUGAAUGUCUGUGGGCACUGCCAUGUUUCUACAUUGCUCUGAAAAACAAUCAGGCCAGAAGUCAGUGUUUCCAGGAAUGGUAUCACAAUGUUAUCCAAUAGAUUUCAGUCAGUGAGGUGAUAACAUUCCAGAAAAGUAUACUUAUCCAAGGACUGAACUUCUGAAAACGAGAGCAUUUAAGAUGGCAGUACUCACUCACUUUGUCUAUAUAUAUAUGGAGAAAAGUAGAUCUCUGUGUUUCCAGAACUGGAGACUUCAAACACAGGUUUGGAGCACAUCAAAGCCUGUAAAGAGUGUUUUGUUUGACAUCUGAUUUGGAGACUUAAAGCCUAACACAAUCUCAGUGAUCUUAAUUGACAUGAGAGUUAAAAAGAAGUAUAGGAAGAUUCUCAGAGAGAAACUGUGAAUGCUUCUGAUUUAGCAAUGCUGUGAAUGAGAGGUUUUAUAUCCUGGAAUUAUUUUUUUUAACCAAGUUGUAUAAUCCAAAGAGUAUGGGAAUUCUUUCUUGUUUUUAUUUUUUUAGGAUGCGACUAAUCCUUUUUUUGCAUAUCAUUUUUUGUUUCCUUUUUUGGCACCUUAAAAUUUCCAAAAAAAGAUUUAAUCUUUUUUUUAAAAAAAACAUGCUUGCUUUUCUUGUAUUUUGUCAUCUGAAGGCAUAAAUCCUCCCACUUUUCCUGGGGGGGGGAGUAAUUUAAUUCUUCAUUUAAUAUAGAAGAGCAACAGCCUUGAGUCCUUUUCAACUACUGAAAAUGUAUAUGAUGAGUUACUCAAUAUUUAUGCUCACCAUUGAAAAAAAAUUGUGUGAUACCUUUAUUAUUUAAUUAUGCUUAAAGAUAAGCACAUGCAUUUUUGUAGCAACCAAAGUUUAAAAUUAUCACAUAUAAAAUGGCUGGAAUAAUUAUGGGUAAUGUGAUUUUUAAUUAUUUAGAAGUAUUGUUUACAUUUAGCUCCAUUUCACUUUCAUCACUCAAUAUCCAAUGAAGUCCUUUUUCUCCAUUUUGAAAUCUCAGAAUUAUUUUAUAUGCUAGUAUAACAGAAAUAUAUUGGUGUCUGUGUGUCUCAGUUUUAUAAAAGAAGAACUUUGCACCAAA